AUGGCCGCCGCGCGCACCGCCCCUUUUGGCGGCGACGCCCCGCCCCCCUCCGCACGGAGGGGAGGAGGCGGGAAACUCGACGCGAUGGAGGGCGCCAUGGAAGCGAAGCUCCAGCGGGUUACCUCAUGGCUAAAGACGAUCUUCGGGGAUGAGCCCGUUCCUCAGUAUGAAGUGAACGYGCAGACCGUUGACAUCCUGUACGAGCUCGCCGAGAACAACGCGGCCCGGGACAGGGACGUCACGCUGCUCAUAGAGGACAUGAACCAGAUGGCAGCAGAGUACGAGGAGGAAGCCAAGUAUCUACAGGAUCUUCUCGCAAGAAGCCUGGACUUUUCCUUGACUAGUCUCUCCACUGAGGGCACAGGUUACCUCAAUGAGCUGGUAAACACUGCCCUAACUCUCGAGAUAAAGGACACUUCUCUUGCCAGUUCCAUCGCUGCAAUGAAUGACCUGAGUUGGGAUCUGUAUGACACAGAAUCAAAAAACAGAGAAUUGGAACAGGAAUUGAACAGCAUUAAGAAAAAGCUAACUGCAGCACUGGUGCUGGAAAAACGGCUGCAAGAGGAUCUUAAAAAAACACAGGAACAUUUGGAGGUGGAAAAAGCAAAAGCUGAGAGCCGAGCCCAGAACUUGAAGUUCCUGAAAAACAAAGCCGAGGAUUUCAAAAUCAGGAUCAAGACUGCUGAGGAGCAACUGGCAGCCACUGGCUUGGACCAGUCUUUGACACAUCAGUCGUUGGUGAACCUGGCUGAGAAUCUAUCUGAAUUAAAUAAAGAAGUUGAGUCUUUGAAGAAGAAACUGGAGCCCUACUACGAUUUAACUCCCAAUCCUUCCCUUGUACAAGUGAAGAUUGAAGAAGCAAAACGGGAACUGAAUGCCUUGGAGGCAGAGCUGGCCAAGCAGAUUGACAAGCUGACUCUUUCCACGGUGGAAUCCAGCGAACUCUUCACAUAAGAUGCAGAAGAUGAAACGGUGCCCUGUCCAAUAGUCUCUUUAUUUGCACUUGUAAAAUCUCUCAGAUUUGUGAAUGCCCUUGUGCAGCUUUUUGCCUUUCUCUUCUUGCUCUUGGAUGGCACACCUGUGAUCUUGCAGCUUAUCUUGCAGAAUUUGAAGACAACUUCUAGGCUUAUGUCUAAAGAUCAUGUAAAUGUGGGCAUUUUGGGCAUCAAGGUAUUUAUCUGCUCCCUUCCAUUUAAUGCCUUUAGCAAGGAAUUGAUAUAUUAAUCAAAAUGUCUCAUAUGGAAAAUUUGACCUGGUACUCGGAGUAGUAUCUCCUGGAGCCCAAGUCUUGCAGUGUGAGAUAGGCAACCAAGGGAAGUUUCUUUUCUAUGUGUGAUUGGUUGUCUCCUCUCUUGGCAAUGAAUUGAGCCCUAACUUAACUCAUGUGGGUCACAGUGAGUAACAAAUUUUAUCACGUAUUUCACUCGGUAAUAAAUUUUACCACUCAUGAGGGUGGGUAAAAGCACUGACUCUCUAAAUAUCCCGGUUGUCUUUGCAGUCUGAAAAAAAAACAAAUUCCUUGAACUGAACUGUAGGAUUUGUCCUUGUUCUAGACUUUGUCUGUUGUUGGCAACUUAAAAAAAAAUCAUAAGUAGCACUAAGAAAGUGGUAGUAGGAAGAGAGCUUUAGAGAUAGUAAUAGCUUUGCAAACAAAAAAUGGGCUUUAUAGUAAGAGCUUUCUAGGUCUGAAAAUGUAUAGAUAUUUUUGCAGAUCUACUGGGAUAUGGUCAUUUUUAACAUAGGUUGUCACUUCUAACACUGUCUUCUCAAAUCAAUCCCUAGCAGCCACCUCCUCCCUCUAUGUCACGAUCACCAUCAACACCCUCUGCUUGUAAAAGCUUCUCGAUACUGAAAGGCAAGACCCAAAAGCUCCUGGGGGAAGAAACAAAAUCCAUAAAUUGUGGCAAUACCUGAGAACUGAGCACAGAUUGAGCACCUUCUGCAAUGGGCAGUGUCCAAGCAGGAGCAAUGCAGGUAACUUUGCAAUUAGAGUUAAGGCAGUGGUGCUAUGCCUGUCCCCAGCAGCUGUUAACUUGGGUCAAUGUAGGAACUGGUCUCACUGAUUUGCAGCAAGGGAUGUUCUUUUUUCGGUUGUUCGAGCUUGUCCCUUGAAGCAAUAGAACUGUGAGAUCCUUAUCUAUGAUAAUCCUUAACGUAGGGUGCAUCUCUGAUGAUAGCCCAGAACCUGCAAGCUCCAAACAMCACCAGCUGGAAUAAACUGCUGCAGCCUCAUGGCCUUAUGUCCUUCCCCAGCUAUUCCUUUCACCUUCCCAGGGAAAAACGGAAAGAUGCCCUGGGAGCUGAGACAUCUGUGGGAAUCUUCUGCCUCUUCCAUAGAAGGCCUAGAUGUCAAAGACAUCAAACAGCGUUUAGGUAGGCACAAGRGAGCAGUUUAAGAGGGAAAGUCAUUGUCAGGCCCCUGAGUUCAUGGCCAGCAAUAGUUGGGGCAUCUUAAUUAGUGGAGGUUUUAAGAAUAGAGCAGAAAUGUUUUGGUUAAACGUUUAUAACGCUAGGGGAAGUCGAUGGUGCUUUGGCAGAGGGAGAAGGAUUCAUUCAGCUUUAUCAGGGCCCUUUAACAUCUCUCAGCUCUUCAGUCAGGACGGAGCCUCACGGAUCUUCAUCCCGGGCAUCACAUGCCAAYGUGGGAGCCCCUCGUGGAAGCAGCAGCUCACAAGGCUGAGCAGAAACCACCUGGUUUUGAACCGAAACGGAUCUGUUUAAAGGAAAACUUGCGGGUGCUAAAACAAGCAUAACAAAACACUAGAGAAAUGUGAAAUACAGGGGGCAGGAUUAAGGCUGGCAAGUUGAGAUAUAUCCUUACGUGACUACUCAAAAUGUGUUGACUGAAGCAGUGCGUGUGGAAAGCGUUUUGGCGGUAUAAUUCAGCUGCAUUUUAGUGGUCCGUAUCGUAGAAAUUUUAUAGUUGUUGCAAACGUCCCACUGCAGUUUUUUUCAAGCGUCCUUUGAGCGAAAGCGCUGAGAACUUUUUCCG